CCCUCAUCAAAUGGGUGUGGAACGACUGCGCAUGUGCGUGACCGAGAUCUUUCGAAAACGAAGUCGGGUUUAUCUGGGGGUGCACAUCAAAAACCAAGAAUAAAAGAGUCAUGUCAGGCUUUCUGGACGGAAUCCGGUGCGGAGAUUGCGAGUGCAAUGUGGACUGGGGAGAGAGGAGAAACACCAUCGCAUCUAUAGCUGCUGGAGUUCUGUUCUUCACCGGUUGGUGGAUCAUCAUAGACGCAGCAGUGAAAUAUCCUGACGAGGGGGAGUUUCACCAUGCCUAUCACACUUGUGGAGUCAUUGCUACACUGGCCUUUCUCAUGAUUAAUGCUGUUUCAAAUGGCCAAGUGAGAGGAGACAGCUACAGUGAAGGCUGCAUGGGACAGACAGGCGCGCGAGUAUGGCUCUUCCUUGGCUUCAUGCUGGCUUUCGGCUCCCUCAUUGCCUCCAUGUGGAUUCUGUUUGGAGGAUUCGUCGUGCCUAAAAAGCCUUCUGUGUAUCCUGGUAUUGCCAUUUUCUUCCAAAAUGCAUUCAUUUUCUUUGGGGGUUUGGUCUUCAAGUUUGGACGUACAGAGGAUCUGUGGCAGUAAUUGACUCUUGUGUGUCUUUAUGUCCACUGUUUAUACACUCUGCUUUCUACAUUGUAUGAGACAAUAUGCUUUACUGGUUCUUCACUUUAUAUAUAUACAUAUAUAAUUUUUCAGCUUUCAACUUAACAUGUUUAAUUUAUAUUGUUUGCUGUAAAAUGGCUAAAUCAUAACUAAGCACAAAUUUUCAUAGUUGAAUCUUCUCAAGUGUGGCACAUCUUUAAAUGUGUCUAUUUGCACUCAGACUGUAGCCAUGUGGGUAUAAUGGUUUACAACUUGUGUAUAAAAAUGUGUAUUUUGGGAGCAUUACUUCCCUGAACUGUCCACAUUUCUUUUGGGUAUACUUACUUCUGUGACAUCCUUUAAUUUCAACUGUCUCUUAAGUGGAUAAACAUAAGUUAUUAUGGUACAAAUGAUCAUUGAGGGCAGUAUUUCAUAAUACUGAACACAUUUUAUGAAUGUAACCAUAUGGGGUUGUAUUUUUCCUGAAAUAACAAUGUCAGCUCUGAAACUUUCCAGUCAUCCAGAUUGAUUGUUUCCAGUGAAUUUGCUCCCAGAGCUGACCUGAAGUCAACAACGGUUUCCCAGCUGUAGGGUGUUGUAUGUGUAUUGAGAAUUUGUAUUUGACUGCAACACUUAUCCAUUUGCUUCUGUAACAUCCAAACCAUGGGGUCAGUUUCUGACAACCAUGGCAGCAUUAAAUAGAAACACACUGAGCAGUAAAUGAGUCUUUUAUUCAUGCUUAUUGUAACAUUUUUUUCUUUUAAUUUCUCCCAGUCUACAUAAAACAUCUAUUAAGCACACUAAGCAGUUGCAUGAAAUUAUAUACAUCGACUUGAAUGAACAGCAACAGUAGCUUAUACUUCCAGGGUCAGAUUUGGUCCACUUCUCCAUAGUCUUACUUGCGCACUGCAAGAUGGGGAAACUGCAAAGCACGAACAUAUGUGGUUUUCUGAAUUUUGCUUGUUAUGACUUGGUACACCAAAAUAAAAUGAUGCCAAGUGUAUUGCUUUGUAAAAUCCCAAGUAUCAUGAGAAGUCAAAGCAUCUUUUCAGUGCAAAUGUGGAAAGCUCCUUAGCAAGACAUUUAAUUUGCUUUGAAGAAGAGAAAGACAUGAUUGCUUACCUCCCAGAACGCCUGAUCAUCAAAACAUUUCUGGUCUUGGGGCGGUCUCCAGAAAUUCCACUUGAGUAGGAGCCCUUUGAACAAUGACAUAUAGAAGUCUAUAGGGAAAGCUUACAAAUGGCACACAUUAUGUAUAAUACAUCUGUGGUUGUCAACCUGCAUAUUGUUGCACACUGUACAAAGAUGUGACUGCAAGUGACCCCUGAAGAAGAAUCCAAAAAAUGCCUGACAGAAGGUCUUCUGUGUUGUGCAAUUAUACCAGGCUGUUGAUAAUGGAAAUC